AUGUGUAUAAAAUCAGUGAUAUUUGCUGUGUGAGAAACAGAUUCAACUUACAGCUUAGACCUUCAGUAAUGCCAUAUCUGAAGCAGAUUUUACAACACAUCAGAGCCAAACAUUGAUAACUGAAGCCUCAUGACGUUUAGGCAACACGUACAACCAAGUCCUAAGUUAACAUCUUGUAUAAAAGCUUAAAUAAUGUCACAAAAAACCAAUACAAUGUCAAAAAAAUCGGCAUAUAUCACUUUUCAAGAUACUUGAUACCCGCAUCGUAUAUAUCGCUCUAAAGAAGUUUUGAUAAUUCAACCAGUUCAAUGAGAUAAGUUUCCGAUAAUCUUGGUUCCAAAAUAACGAGCGAGAAAUGCCGAGCCUCCUUAUCUCUGAACACAAUCCUCUCGGAAUGUGUCUCCAGAAAACACACACCAAGAGUAUUCAUUCUACAAGUCCCCCAUAAAUUACCCUUCUUCAGAAGAGAUAGAGCCAGCGGCGGUAUAUCCAUCUUUAAGAAAGUGAGUUUAACAGCAAAAGAAAUUCCAGUAUCUACAAAUCUUGAAGCCAUAGCCAUAUCUCUUGAC